AUGAGCGAAAACGACGAUCUCCUGGCUAAAAUUGGCCAGCUCGCAGGCCAAAUAAACCGCCACAAGACACAGGAGACUCAGCCAGCUAACCACCAGUCUCAGUACGUUUCUCGUCAUGUUCCUUCUCACUCAGGAUGGGCCCCAUACUACAGGGGACGCGGCCGAGGACGUCGAGGAGCAGCUGCUCCGCACCGACACCGUACGCUUGUUCUAAACACCGCGGGUCCUGGCUCAAACCAUAGCGCCAACUCCCCCGUUCCAGCAAGUUCUAGCGACAGCGCAGUGGUGCCGACACCAUCUUCGACUGGUAGUGGUUGGGUUGUGAAGCACGAUCGCCACAUGCAGUUGAUCAACCCUGCCGUCUACGAUCGGAAAACACAGGACAGGUCGAAGGAUAUAGAAAGAACGCGCAAGCUUAGAGAACAGAAGAAGACCGAAUACGAACAAGCGAAAGUACUUCGUUAUGCACAGGGUCCAGGUUCUAAUGCAACGGUUUCCACCGCUGCAAACCCUGCAACUGGCCAUCAGAUUCUUAUCAACAAUGUUGCUUUCAGGGUCGCAAACGGCGGAAGCAAAUUGAUUCGUGUUUCGAGUGCGUAUCCUCUUCGCUCCCCACCUCGAAUUUGCUCACCCUUCAUAGAUGACCCCAGUACUGCCAACAAUACCCCCAAGCGUGUCAAAGUGGCCGAUGUGUGCUUUGUGCGAAGCAAAAAUGGAAACCUGCACCGCCUCGGUGCUGUGACUACGAAGAAGAACCCUACUGUUAAGAAACGCAAUGAGCUCUGCAAAAGAUUUACAACAACCGGUAUUUUGUUUUCCGACGGGCCAUACUGCUAUGUUCCACCCUAUCAGCAUGCCCAAGAACUAACACGUCUGCUUUUCCCAGGCACCUGCUACAAAGGCCCGACCUGCCAGUUCGUCCAUGACCCCAGUAAGGUUGCUAUAUGCAAGGACUUCCUCCAGACAGGCCAAUGUGCCGCAGGUAGUAGCUGUGAUCUAUCCCAUGAGCCCUCGCCCCACCGCUCCCCCACCUGUAUGCAUUUCCUUAGAGGACGCUGCGCCAACCCGGAAUGUCGCUACGCCCACAUUCGCGUGACCCCAGGUGCCCCUGUCUGCCGCGCCUUUGCAACACUAGGAUACUGCGAAAAGGGCGAUGCGUGCGAAGAGAAGCACGUCCACGAGUGCCCAGACUAUGCCAAUACCGGCGCGUGCAACAAGAAGCGCUGCCAGCUGCCCCACGUUGACCGCGCGGGCCAGAUUCGCAAGGCUGCUGCGGCCGCUGCUAGUAAAGCUGAUUUGGGUGAGGAUGACUCUGACCCGUCUAGCGAGGAAGAGAACUACGAUGCUAUUGAUUCGGAUGAUAUUGACUCGGAUGCGUUCGACGAUUCUCCCGAAGAAAUUAUUGAAGGUGUGGAUAGCGGCGAGAUGUCGCAGCAGCAAGACUUCAUCCGCUUCUAA